GCGCUUUUCCUGUGUAAACACUCCACGGUUUUACACAGAUGUAGAAUGAAGGACGCUGAACAUAAGCGUCGGUAAAUCUUUGUUAAAAACUAUUAAGAGCUUAUCAUACCAGUUUUAAAUAAUGGAUAAAUUCGUUGUUCGGUUGCCGAAGGAUGACAUGAUGAAACAAGAAUCAAAACAUGAGAGGAAUUAUAAACAAGCAACGUUGGAGUCGCUUCGGAGAGUGGUCGUGAUUGAGGACAUCGAAAGGUACAAGUCAAUCCUGGAACUGCCUGGUCAACCUAAAGAGAACAUGAUAGAAGCCUUAAAGGAGCUGGACAAGAAAGUGCCCUCUAGAGAAGUGCUGAAGUCUACUAGAAUUGGACACACUGUGAACAACCUACGCAAGCAUUCAGAUGAUCCUGAAAUCAAGUCUCUUGCAAAGGAGGUUUAUAAACACUGGAGGACCUUCAUCGAGGAGCAUGCAAACAAACCUUCCAUAGAAGUUCGCUGCGAUAAACAGACAGAAAGUUUAAGGAGCAAUGCAAAGAAACUGCUCUCCGAAGCCAUUGAAAUGAAGGUGGAUCAUGAACUGGUGGAAAACAUUGAGAGGGAGGUUUUCCACCAAAGCUCUCGUCUUGUUAGCGGUGCAUACAGAAGAACUGUGAGGGCUCUCGUCUUCGCUCUCAAACACAAGCCAGAGUUGAGAGUUCAGGUCAAAGAUGGCAAAUUACCAGUUAAUGUGUUUGUGAAGAGUUACAAAAAGAAAUCGUGAAGAAGUCAGACACUCUGGACACUUUUAAAAAAUGUUGUAAUUUAAAAAAUAUAUUUAUUAUAUAUUUUUUUAACUUGCAGAAGUAUUCAUUAGGCUGCUCAUUGACUAUUUUUACUCGUUUUUUUUUUUUUUUUUAUACAUUUUUUUACAUUUUUUGGGAAUGUCCUUUCUAUUAAAUGCUGCAUAAAAGCAUUUACAAAAAGAGAACUACUGUGUCAAGUCCUUCUACACUCACCGGCCACUUUAUUAG